CUAGGUGUCUAGCAACAGCUUUCAGCCCAGACAGCUGGCGGCGGCAACUGGAGCGCUAUUUUAUGACAUUAUUCGCUGCUGCUUGUUCAUAAUUAUUAGUCACUAAGCUGAAAACAGUGGGAAAAAUAACUCUGACCUCUGCUCAGAGAUAUGAGCGGCAGCGGGCGGCCCAGGACCAGCUCGUUUGCUGAGCCGCCAGUUGUUCCAGGAGCCCUUGCAGCCUCCGCCGGAUCAGCCGCUGCCGUGGGGAGCAGCACAGGAAAGUCCGGGGUCCCACAGGCCUCCGGCAGCAGCUCGUCGGGAUGCUCGAACCUUAAGCUUUCCAGAGACAUUGGGAAGGUGACGACGGUUGUAGCGACGCCGGGUCAGGGUCCAGACCGCCCACAGGAAGUCUCCUACACUGACAUCAAGGUUAUUGGGAAUGGAUCAUUUGGCGUGGUGUACCAGGCUCGGCUCAUCGACAGCCAGGAGAUGGUGGCCAUUAAGAAAGUUCUGCAGGAUAAGAGGUUUAAGAACCGGGAGUUACAGAUCAUGAGGAAGCUGGAUCACUGCAACAUCGUCCGACUGCGAUAUUUCUUCUACUCCAGCGGCGAGAAGAAAGACGAGGUUUACCUCAACCUGGUGCUGGAUUUUGUCCCUGAGACGGUCUACCGGGUCGCCCGGCACUUCAACAAAACCAAGAGCAUCAUUCCCAUCAUUUAUGUGAAGGUCUACAUGUACCAGUUGUUUCGCAGCCUGGCCUACAUCCAUUCGCAGGGCGUUUGCCAUCGAGACAUCAAGCCGCAGAACCUCCUGGUCGACCCAGAAACCGCCAUUCUCAAGCUGUGCGACUUCGGCAGUGCCAAGCAGCUGAUUCGCGGUGAGCCCAACGUGUCGUACAUCUGCUCGCGGUAUUACCGUGCCCCGGAGCUCAUCUUCGGUGCCACUGACUACACGGCGAACAUCGACAUCUGGUCAGCUGGCUGCGUACUGGCGGAGCUGCUGCUGGGUCAGCCCAUAUUCCCCGGCGACAGCGGUGUCGACCAGCUGGUGGAGAUCAUCAAGGUGCUGGGAACCCCGACGAGGGAACAGAUACGAGAGAUGAACCCAAACUACACAGAGUUCAAGUUCCCACAGAUCAAAGCUCAUCCAUGGACCAAGGUGUUUAAACCUCGUACCUCUCCGGAGGCCAUCACCCUCUGCUCCCGGCUGCUGGAGUACACGCCGGCGUCGCGGCUCUCCCCGUUGGAGGCCUGCGCCCACGCCUUCUUCGAUGAGCUGCGCCAGCCGAACGCGCGGCUGCCCAGCGGACGCGAUCUGCCCCUGCUCUUCAACUUCAGCACCACAGAGCUCUCGAUCCAGCCUCAGCUGAACUCGAUCCUCAUCCCUCCUCACGCUCGCUCGCAUACGGCUGCUUCUGUCCACGAUGGUCCCGGUUCAGAUUCAUCUCACCACAGUUUGCAUCCCGGACCCGUGAACAGCAUGUGAAGGGCGAACCAACGUCUACCUGCAGGCCUCCCUUUCUCAGACACACACACACACACACACACACACACACACACACACACACACACACACACACACACACACACACACACACACACUCUCUCUCUCUGCUGCUUUCUGUCCACCUCUAUAAUCUGUCUCUGUACAGUAAAUCUGUUAAGACUGUUAACUCUUUAGCUGCCGGGAUGGAAACGGCAGGAGGUUGUUGUAGACACACACACACACACACACACACACACACACACACACACACACACACACACACCCCCCACACACACACACACACACACACACACCUGGUGUGGUGGAAUGAGGAGGUUCAAUAGUCGGGGCUGGUCCUCUGAAAAGAACGUUUUUAAUCCACGUUUUGUUUUUAUUUAUUUACCACGUGGUCAAACGUUGAUUAUUAUUUUUAAAAUCAGAUAAUUUUUUAUUCUUAUGUAUUUUUAAAUCUGCGAUGUUUGGAAAAUCCAACCCAGAGUUUUGGAUCAGUUUGGCAGGUGGCAGCAGCAGCCACAGAAAUCCACUGUAGUCGUGUUUCUCACCUCUUACUUUUGAUUUUAGUUUUAAUUUAGGAUGAAGUGAAUUUGUUGAAAAGUUAGCAUUCACAUGCAGUUGAGAUUUUUGUGUGGUUCGCCGACCAAUGGAGAAACACCAGACCAUUGUUCAAUCUGAAAACGUUUUGCAGAAUUACUUCUUUGGCUGUUUUUGACUAUUUUUGUCUUUAAAUGCUUCGGAUUUGUCUUGAUUCAGAGCGAGACCCGAUAUUUGUGCCGUUAAAACAUCUGUCUGAGCGUGCAAAGACCGAACAGCCUGUGUUUUUUUUUAUUUAUUUAUUUUUUCUGAAAUUAAAAGGUCUGAAUAUGAACCCUGCUGAAUGCCGCUCCACAUCUCAGAUUGUUUAAAUGCCAGAAGAAAGACAGGACUGGUCUGUUGGAAACUUUGCUUUUAAAUGACAGGUUAACAAUGGAUUUUACAUUAAUUUAGCCUUAAACUAUAUAGACAAAAUACGAGGGAGUAUUAGGGCCCCGCAAAGAAAAUAAAAAAUUAAACAAGAAUAAAUUCAAAAAUACUUUAUUGAUUCCAGAGGGAAAUUAAAUGUUAUAAUAUUGUCAUUUUAUUCUUGCAUGACUUUAUUAUCACACAAGUUUAUUCUUAUAACAAUAUAAAUUUAUUCAUAUUAUGAAUUUAUUCUCAUUUAACUUCUUGUAAUUGUAUAACUUUAUCUUUUAAUUUUAUUUUUUUGAUUAUUUAUGACCCUAAUACUCUGUCGUUAAAUAAAAGCUAAAAUUGAGCUAACGCCUGCUGGAGUGAAAACCUAAACACUGGAUGUUAUUAUCAGUUAGCAUCUGUUGGCAAGUUUAACAACUUUACAACACAAAAAUACUUAUAUUAACGUUAAAACGUUCAAGCACUUCUGAUUGGAAACAACUGGCCAUUCUUGCAUUGCUUCGGUGUGGAGUGCGCAGCAUAGUGUCUGAGUUCUGUUCCUCUGCUGUGGCAGAUCACUAGUGCCCUCCUGUGGUUGACAGUGGUAGCUGCUUGUGACUGGCCAACCUGUUGGAUGAAAGAUUAACUUAGCGAUUUCUGUAGAAACCUCAGACCUUAAAGACCAGCCGUUCUCAUUCUGAGCCUCCAAAAUGUUUAUAUCUUCUAUUAUCAGUUCAGGGUUUUUAUUUGCAUUUCUUUUGGUUCGUUUGCUUUUAAAAGCGAGCUGCAGCCCCUCAAAAUCGAGCAGCUUUAAGAUUGCGAUUUUACUGCGUAUCUUACAGCAUAAAUAAAAGCUUUUAGAGAGAAAAACACAUGUAGAAAUCCAGCGAAUGUAAAUCCUUGUGUUUGUGUCUGAGAUUCUUACUGCGGUCCGAACUGUACGGUACCGGUGUUAGUCAGCAGAGCAGAACACGUGAAAGUUCGUAGUGUAGCGUGUUUGAACAGCCUGGUGUUUCGUGUCGCUGCCGGCCGGUUUCUAACUGGCAACCUCGGGGUCAGAUGAGGUCACUGCCGCCCACAUCCUGCUUCCUUCCCUGCCCAGCGUCCGCGCCGCCCUUCGUCCCUGCAGGGGGCGCUCACGCUCAGAGCUGUCCAGAUUACUGCGGCAAUGAAAAAGUGUGAAAUGAAAACAGAUAAAUGAAAUCCCUGCAGGGAGGAAACCAGGCGUGAAGCGCCGAUUUUUCUCCAACAGAAGCCAUUUAUUUCCUUAUUGCACAUGUAAAUAUCACUGAUUUUAUUUCUUUUGAUUACAGACAGAGUUGGUUAUAUUUGACCUCCCUCAUUCUGUCGACAUCUUAGUUUGUAAAUAGUUUUUUUUUUGUUUUGCAUUUGUUUAUUUCUCCACGAUUCAAAAUGUAAAUACUGCAAAAAAGCAUAAAACAACCACUCGUCAUUUUUGCAGAUGAUGUUUUUCUCUCUUUCUGUCGUUUUGUAAAAACUGUGAAGAAUCUCGGCUGUUCUCCUUCUGCCAGUCCGAUCCGGGUUUGAUCCAGUGCUGUCUGGUUCUGAUCCAAAAUAUCGUCUUCCUCUCAACAAACGAGACUGAAUGUAGUCAGUUUGGGUCUAAAAAGUCAAACAGAUUUCUAAAAAUUUCUUUUUUAAAUUUUUAAAAACUUGUUCCUUUUUUUUAAGUUUCUAAACAUUUGGAGAAUUUUCUGCAAUUUUUCUUUUCAUCUCCAAAACAAUAUAAUUUGUAUUUUUGAGUUUUUAUUUAAAUGUUCUGGACAUCAUGACAACGCAGCGCUGAAAACAAAUAUUCCCACAUAUUGUUGAAAAUUUCCCAAAAUAAUUGAAAUGAUGAUGUUUGGCAUCUGAAUCAUGAGUCUAUUUUAAAGGACAAUAAAAUAAAGACUUACUAUGAAAAGUUUUUUAAAUAAUUGAGAUUAGAAUACUUAAGAUUAUAUAAUUAUGAAUAAAGUUGGGAAGCCAGAAUGUAUUUCCUUCUAACUUAAUCCAUACUUUUCCAGACUAUUUCUCUGAAUUCUGAAUAUGUUUUCUUAUACUGUCUGAAAGUUAAUAAAAACAUUUUUUUCCAAAUAUUAUUCCCUUUCUUAUUUUCUAAGUCGGUAAAGUUAGGAGUAAAUCAAACAGCCAUUUUCUUCAUCUAUUGCCUUAAUUACGGCGGUUACUUGUCAUGUUUUUAGCGCAAGAUCUGAAUAUUUUCCACUUUAGUCUUAAAGCAUUUCUUGCAUUUUUUUUAAAUCAGAACAUUUAUAUAAAAACAAGACUUUAUAAUGUCUGGGAAUAUCUUGGUGAAAGUCUAGGAAUUUAUGGCUUUAAUUGCAAAAAAUGCUUGCAUCAGAGAAAAUCAAAAAUUGUUUCUUAGUAGUGUGUAAUUAAUGUCAAAAAUGUUAUUUUUUGUAGCGAUUUGCCACAUUUUUGUUCUUUUAUUUAAAAUAACCUUAAAACUCUGACAUGCCUUUGACACACUGAUGACUUUAUUUACAUAUGAAGUUAAUUACAUAUUUCAAAAUGGACCAAAAAUUCACAGAAAUGUAAACAUGCAGGUCUGCCUCAAGGUGAAAGUUUCUUUACAUUUCUGUGUCUAAUGUUAUCCUACUAUAUCAGUUUCUUAUUUAUGCAGUUGGAUGUAAUCUUUUUAAAUUCUUUAUUUUGUUAGACUUAUGCGUUCUUGCAGCAGGAACUUUUUGUAUGUCGGAUUUCUCUUAUAAUUCUCAUCAUUAACAGUUUCCAGCCUGUAGGUGGCGCCGUUCAGACGGGAAGUGCUUAGUUAGUGAUAUUUUGGACCAGAACCUUGUGCUGUCUCUGACUGCAAUAUUAAAAUACUGCGCAGUAUUUUACAGAAAUGUUUCACAUUACCUCAAAUCUUUUAUUAAUCUGACGUGUUGCUCGUUGUUUUUCAUUUUUCCUGUGAUAAGCUGUUGAUGUUGGUUCUGACCCGGGGGACUGUUCAUGUGGCGAAGGCUGAAGGAGAGAAAAACACAAAGCUGUCUCUGUUAUGUGUACGGUAUCGACUCAUUUGCUGUAAUAAAGUGGUGAAACUGUG